AACAUUUGCGCGUGCGCAUUUAAACUUAGCAACUAUUUACAUUGUAAUAACGAGAAUAAAAGGAUUAACUUUAACACCUAUACUUUCAACGAUUGUUUUGAUACAAAUUGCGACAAAAUUCAAAGUUUACGACGAAAAGUGCAAAAUAUGGUUUUGAAACUAAAAACGGAGUGAAUUAAAUGGUUAAAGAUGAGUCAGCUAGAUUUUAUGGACUUUUCUUCACCCAGUCCAACUGGGAGUUCGUCGUCUGCUGGAUUAGUCCCUUUUGGAUUUCAUUCAAAAACGAACUAUGAUGCCAAUGAGUCGUUAAUUCAGAUUCGCAGUGAAAAUUUUAAUAAAAAUGUUCCCAUCAAGGAAGAAGACAUAUGGAAGCGCCCUCCGCCUGAUUUUAGACCCCAAGUAUUCGCUCCCAAACCCCCAAAACGCAAUUCACGGGAGUCUCAAAGACCUUGGUUAUACGGUACUAUACCUGGACAAAGGGAGAUAAUUAAAAGAGACCGCCCGAAAGUGAUUCCUCAUCUGUUAAAACCACAAACAGAAGAAGACAAAGGUUUAGUGACUUACUUUCACAUAGACCGACCGUUUACUGCAAAGAAGAAAUUUGUUCGUGAAGGGAUGUAUGAAAAGGAACAAUAUGUAAAUCCAGCGCCACAUGAUUUUAGAGGGUAUCCACCCUUGAAAACUCUUGGUCUUCCGGAGUUUGAAAAGAAGACGGACAAGGAUCCAUUCAACAUCAAGUUCCACACAGAUAGACUUAACAUAAUGUACGAGUACCUCCUUAAUGAAGUCCACGGUGACCGUGUAAAUAAGGCAACGGACCGUGAUACCCGGGGUUUGCAAAUGGCACCUCCUCUGUCCCCUCCACCCCUGCAUGAAUGUCAUCUACUAUUUGAUAAAGGCCCAUGGCCUGUGAAGAACGAACAAUAUACUCGUUUUCGUGUUCGCCACCGACCUGCACAUAGUGCGUUUAUGGAACGCGCGACACGUCUUCUAGAGUCAAAAUGGGCGAGAGAAAAAUACGAAAAGGCACUUGCUCAAUACUGUUCGCAACAUAACACUUCACAAGAACUUCCCGUCAACAGCUGAUGAGGCUAUCACCGUCUAGAAUGAAACUUAUACUCUCCGAAUGAAGCCAAACGUCCCAGAAUACAUGUAUAACAUAAAGAAGAGACUUUUGUUGAAAAGUGCAAUCAUUAAAACAAUAUGAAUAAUCCAGCACCAGCCUGGGGAAAUUAUACUUAUUUACAUACUUAUAAAGUUCAUCAGAUAUGUUCUGGUCGAUACUAAUGGGGAUACCUCCAUGUUGUAUUGGUCGCAUCAUUCUAGUGGCUUAUAUAAAUGUACUAUACUUCUCACUGAUUUUCAAACUAUUGCCAUCCCUGUGAAUCUGAUUAUUUUAUUCUGUGUACCGAAUCUAUAUAAGAACUGUGCUAGUAAAGUAUAGAACCAUCUUAUUCACACGUCUGGCAGAAAGAACCACAACAAUAAUAACUUGGUCAAACGAGCAGAGUACCAUUUUGUAGUCUUGACCAGGAAUUAGACUAAAAGUUAAAACAGCCAGCAUUGAUUUGAAAGUAGGUAAUAUCUACAUGAUUCAAGUCUGUUACUCUGUCAAAAUAAAGUUAUGGUUUUGUCAAUUUAUUGUUAUACAUGUAAUUAUGUCUUGCUCACAUUUUCUUCGCAGUAAGUUGUUUUUGUUGCCAAUUGUUUUUGUUGCCAAUUGUUUUUGUUAUAUUUUUUUGUUACAUAUAUUUGUUUACCUGUAUGUUUUAAAUUGCAAAUAUAGUUACCUGAUAUAUGGACAAAUAUCAUUAUGCACAUUUACAAAUUAUAGACUUGCUAAGUUUGUCUUUGGCAGGGUAUUUGAUAAGCUCGGGCAUGUAUUACCUACUAUAUAUUAUAUUCAUUUUACUCCUUUAUUCACCUGUAAAGACUCUAAUUUUCUUAACACGCUCAGAGCUCACCUUGAAACGUUCAGUUUACCUCUUAUUCUGUGAUAACCUUUCAUAUUUUUAGUAUUAAUAAACUCUACCAUGACAUGCA